CUCAAGUUUGUAUUCUGAUCCAGUCCCCAGGACAAACCGUUAUGAUAGCCGGGUAGUCUUAGCGGCCCAUUACAAUACCAUGAAAUGCCAACUACGAUGCACAUUCUGUACACGUAUAACACUCGCUACUUGCAUGCUGUGUGCUGUAUGCUGUAUGCUGUAUGCUAUGUCCUGUAUGAGCUCUGGACGGAUGAAUCGUACGAUCAUUGCGCCAUCGUUUCCGCACUGGGAUGGGUGAUCGCAAUGACAAGCAUACCCUUUCAAAUAUCACAUGUUUCCACCAAAGCAGUAUCUUUUUGAUUUCUGCCAGGAAGGCAAUAUGUCCGCACCGAGCUGUCGGUCGGCCGUAGGUGGGUUAUCGGCGCAAACGGGCUUUAACAUCGGCAACCGCAAUUUU